GCUGUAUGAAAUUUUAUUUUAAAUUUGCAAUAAAAAUAUUGUUAAAAUUUCAUUUAUAUAUAAUUUGAGCUAGUUUGAAAAUUGCAAAAGCUUUUAUAAUGUUAAAUAAAAAGAAAUCGAUUAGAAACCACAAAAAUAAUUCAAAAAAAAUUAAAACAAAACCACAAGAUGAAAAAUCAGAAAUGUUGGAUUUAUCAGAUGCCGAUGAGAAGGAUAAAAAUUUACUAAACUUUGAUUUAGAUGAAUCAGAUGAUGAGGAAAAUCCUGAAACCAAUAAUGAUGAAAAUAUCCACAUUCCUGCAUCUAUGCUAGAAGUAGCAAGUGAUGAAGAAGAAGAAGACGAAAGUGAAGAUGAAGAAGAUAAACCUGCUGAAUAUACUGGUAAAAUAACAUUGAAAAUCAUUAAAGAAUGGCAAAAUGAAUUGAUGAAACCCAAUCCCACUGCAAAAUUUAUACAAAAUGCUAUGUCAGCCUUUAAUGCUGCUUUGAAUAGUAUUUCAGAUGAUGAAACAAAAAAGUCAAUGUACAAAAUCGAAAAUCCAUCUACAUUUAAUGCAGCGAUUCAAUUGUGCAUUGUACAUUUAUAUCCUAGCAUGAAUCGAUAUUUAGAUAUAAAUGAAAAAUCUAACAAAAAUUUACAAAAAAGUGAUAAAUGGCGUAAAGUAAAAAAUUCUCUUAGACAUUAUUUUGUUAAUGUAGCUGGCCUAAUGGAACGUACCACCAAUGCGUAUAUGACUACAUUACUUCUAAAACACUUACAUCAAAUGUCGUCUUUUGUUUCAAGCUUCUCAAUUGUUUCAAAAUCAUUACUAAAAACUUUAAUCAAUUUAUGGAGUACGUCACAAGAAGAUCCCGUACGAGUGCUCUCAUUUUUGUGUAUUUUGAAAAUUACUAGAAGUCAGCAGAAAAUUUUAUUAAAUCAUGUUUUGAAAGCGAUGUACAUUUCCUAUAUAAGAAAUUGCAAAUUUGUAAGCCCCAACACUUUAGCUGGCAUAAAUUUUAUGCGUCGUUCUUUGAUUGAAUUGUUUUUAUUGGAUACAAAACUUGCAUACCAGCAUGCUUUUCUUUACAUUAGACAAUUGGCAAUUCAUUUGAGAAAUGCUAUUAUAUUGAAAAAGAAGCAAUCAUAUCAAGCAAUUUAUAAUUGGCAAUAUGUUAAUUCUAUUAAAUUUUGGGCAGAAAUGUUGGGUUUUAGUGAAGAGCAACCAGAUUUAAAACCUUUGGUUUAUCCUUUAGUUAAUUUAACAAUUGGCUUAAUUAAAUGUACACCGACAAUACAAUUUUAUCCAUUGCGAUUUCAUUGUAUUAAAGCUCUCAUAAUAUUGUCAAAACAAGCAAACGUAUUUAUACCGAUACUUCCAUUUAUUUUUGAAAUACUAAAAGGAAAUCUUUUCAAAAAAUCAAGUACCGGUGAGUCUUUCAAGGCAUUGGAUUUUACAUGUAUACUUCGUGUUAGCAAAAGUCAAAUUAAUGAUAAUAAUUUCAAAAAAGAAGUAAUUGAUCAAAUUUGUUCGUUAACGUACGAAUAUUUAGACCAUCUGUCAGCUUCAAUAGCUUAUCCUGAUUUAAUUGUACCAUCAGUUAUGCUACUAAGAAAAUUCAUUAAACAUAAUAAAGAUAGUAAUACAAAUCGAAAGUUAAAGCAACUUUUGGAUAAAAUACAAGAAAAUUCGAAAUUUAUAGAAAGUGAAAGGAAGAGUGUUAACUUUAACUUAAGUGAAACAGCAAAAAUUAAUGCAUGGGAGUCAACUAUUCGAAAUAAAGGCACUCCUUUAAGCUUGUUCUACAAAAACUGGUCUAAAACUUAUUUAGCUAAAAGAAAAAGGCAAGCCGCAAAUACAUCUGAAAUAAGUGAAUUUAAUAUUCCUGUAAUAAAAAAGAAAAAAUUGAAUGAAGAUGUCGGAGAUCUAAACGUAAAUUCUGAUAGUGAUUCAGAUGACUUCUUUGGCAAAGAAAGCGAAAGCGAGGAGGAAAAUAUUGUGGAACGAAAUGAUAAAGAAAACAGUAAAAACAAUAAAAAAACUAAUAAAACUAAAAAUAAAACAAAAAAAAUAAUAAACAAAGGCAAAGAAAAGAAAGCAAAGCCAAAAGUUGCAAAAGAAAAAGUUAAUAUAAAUGAUGAAGUUGAAAAUCUAAAUAUUGAAGAUUGGUAGUUGUUUUUACAAACCCACAAUUUUAAUUGUAACAUUCAUAAAAGUACUAUUUUGUAAUAAUUAAAGAGCAAAAUAAUUCUCAACUUUUA